AUGGCGAAAACUCCUUCCUCAAAAAGCCUACACAUCAACCCCCGAAAUGGCUUCUGCUCGCUGACGAAGACUUACCACAGCCUCCGUCCCGCCGUUCCCCUGCCCCCGCCCUCCCACCCGCUCUCCGUCACUCACUACGCCUUCUCCCUCCUCCAUUCCCCCGCCACCGCCGCCGGCGACCUUUCCACCACUCCUUUCCUCAUCAACGCCGCCUCCGACUGCCGCCUCUCGUACUCCACCUUCCUCCGCCAGGUCGCCUCCCUCUCAUCCUCCCUCAAGCCGUUCCUCUCCAGGAACGACGUCGCAUUCGUCCUCUCCCCGCCGUCCCUCCACAUCCCCGUCCUCUAUUUCUCUCUCCUCUCCCUAGGCGUUGUCGUUUCGCCUUCUAACCCCUUAUCCUCCCCGCCGGAGCUCAGCCACCAGGUCCGCCUCUGCAAACCCGCCGUCGCCUUCGCCACCUCCCAAACUGCCUCCAAAAUCCCCAAAAAUGUCCCCCUAAUCCUCCUCGAUUCGCCGCAAUUCGCCUCGAUGCUCGAAUCGGAUCCCUCCACCGCUCCAAACGACGCCGCCGUGAGCCAAUCGGACGCCGCGGCCAUCCUGUACUCCUCCGGCACCACCGGGAAGGUCAAAGGCGUCGUCCUCACCCACCGGAACCUGAUCGCGGUGAUCGCCGGGCUGUACCACAACAAGGUGACCGACGACGAAAAAUCAAGAAAAGCGGACGCCGGCGGCGGCCACAUCCAUCCGGUGUCGAUCUUCACGCUACCCCUGUUCCACGUGUUCGGGUUCUUCAUGCUGAUUAGGGCGGCGGCGCUUGGAGAAAGCGUUGUGAUAAUGGAGAGAUUCGAUUUUGUGAGGAUGUUGGAGGCGGUGGAGAGGUUUAAGGUGACGUACAUACCGGUCUCGCCACCGCUUGUGGUGGCCAUGGCGAAGUCCGAUCUGGUAGAUAAGUACGAUUUGAGGUCACUGCAGACGCUGGGCUGCGGCGGUGCGCCGCUGGGGAAGGAGGUCGCCGAGCGGUUCAGGGAGAAAUUCCCAAACGUGGAGGUUCACCAGGGAUACGGAUUGACUGAGAGCGCAGGUGGUGCAACACGAACAGUGGGCCCCGAUGAGGCUAAGCGGUAUGGGUCUGCGGGCCGGUUGUCUGAGAACAUGGAAGCCAAGUUAGUUGACCCGGUGACUGGAGAGGCCCUACCUCCUGGGCAUCGUGGAGAACUUUGGCUGCGGGGACCCACAAUUAUGAAAGGUUAUGCCGGGGAUGAUGAAGCAACAAGUGCAACCUUGGACUCAGAAGGCUGGUUAAAAACCGGUGAUCUUUGUUAUUUCGACCAAGAUGGAUUUAUGUACAUUGUUGAUCGGUUGAAGGAAUUGAUCAAAUACAAGGCGUAUCAGGUUCCUCCAGCUGAACUCGAACAAUUACUUCAGUCAAUUCCGCAAAUAGCUGACGCAGCAGUUAUUCCAUAUCCAGAUGAAGAAGCUGGUCAGAUUCCCAUGGCGUAUGUUGUGAGAAAGCCUAAUAGCACCAUAUCUGCACCUCAAAUCAUGGAUAUCAUUGCGAAACAGGUUGCUCCUUAUAAAAGGAUACGACGCCUUGAGUUUCUCGACUCUAUUCCAAAAUCUCCAGCUGGAAAGAUCCUACGUAGGGAGCUGGUCGACCGUGCCAUUUCCAGAACUUCCUCUAAAUUGUGA